CCCGGCGCGGCGCGGCGCGGCGCGCGCCGACGGCCGCUGCGCGUGCGGCGAUGGCGUUGGCAGCCGCCGUCGCUGGGGCGCUGCUGCGGGCGGCGCUGCUGCUGCGGGGCGCAUCCGCGUGGAGCUGGGGCUCCGGGUGGAUCGCGGGCCCCUCGACCAAGACGCACGCUACAGACGAGCUUGAUGGCAGCACGUUCGAGCCGUUCUUGAAGGAGAACCCGGUCGCCGCCAUCCUCUUCUACGCGCCGUGGUGCUUCUACUCGCAGCAGAUGAUGCCCGCGUGGGACUUGGCGCACCAGAAGAUGCAGCUGCACGACCCCCCCGUGCCCCUGGCGCCUUUGCGGGGGUGCGCUUGAGAGAGGGAGGCUGAACACUCUGGGGUGGUCGUCUGCGCGUAAAACCUCUGGCCUGACCUGGAUCGCCCCAUCUUCUGAUCGGUCUUGGCCAUUCCAGGGCCACGAAGAUAACCUUUCUGCGCGCAUUGCGGCUUGGUUUGGAGAGGCGCCCUACUCCAGGGCUGCCAGUGCGUCUGCGAACUCGCGACAGCCAGCC